UUUAAAAUUACCUAGGCGUGUUCGUUUCUGUGUAUAGUAAACACUAUUGAAGUAUAAUUUGAUUUUAUAACGUGGUUAGUAAGUUAAUUUAGUCAUUUUAGUUUAGGGGUUCAUUUUAGGGUAUUGGACGACUUAAUAUUUAGUCUUCUGUUCCCAGACGACUAAAUAUUAGGUCGUCUGAUGUACAUUAUCAGCCAGAAUAAGUCGUCUAAACCGGACCAAACCUUAAAGUUUACCAAUGUACUUUUAAAGCUAACCGGAUUAUUUACCCAAUAUAUAAGGUGAUUUUUUUUUUUUUUUUCAUUUUCCGCGAACAGAAACCCUAACAGUUCUCUCUCACCGGCGAUAUCAAAGGCGAUUCGAAUUCCCACUAUUUCCGAACAACCAUCGUUCUCAACGUCGGCUAUCUAUCUCACUUCAUUCUCACCGUUGUCGCCGCAGCUUCUUCUAACCCUAGCGCCGCCGAUUCCUCUAAACCCUAGCGCCCCCGCUUCCACUAUUUCCGAACAAACCGUCGCCCUCGCCACCGUGCUCACCAACGUUCUCACCGCCGCUUACUCUAAACACUAGCUAGCACCGCCGUUUCUUCUAAACCCUAGCGCCGCCGCUUCUUCUAAACCCUAGCGCCGCCGCUUCUUCUCUGUAAACCGUAGCGCCGUUUCUCUGUAAACCCUAACGCCGAUCUAUAACCACAAUGACGAGUACUCGAACUCCUUCUGCGACUAAUCAGACAAAAAGGAUGGAUAUUCCAGAACUCCCCCGUAGGUUAUACACAUUAGGGGAAGAGCCAGAACCCCACAAUAGCAUUUCGUAUCAUACGGAUAACACGAAGUUGCAUACUGCUCUUAGGGAAGCUCUCACUGAUGCUGAAUUUGAAGAGCUCAAGGAGUCGAGAUUGGGAGUUUUCAUCAAGUUCAAGGAGCAGGGAUUUGGUUGGGCUUCAAGGCUGGUUCACCACUUGCUCGGUUUAAAGCUGGACAUUAAGAAGAAGUACGAGAUGUGGUGUCUCGUUGGUCCAGAACCUGCGAGGUUUUCACUGUUAGAGUUUGAAAACAUCACUGGUCUAAACUGCGACUACAUCGAGGACCUUGAGACACCAGAAUGUGAAGUUACCCCACAGAUGGUUUCUUUCUGGGAGAUGAUGGGAGUUCAUCGGGAAGCUGGGCCAAGUACUGAUCAGAUAAUAGCAGCACUGAAGAGAUGCGGGGAUUGGUCCAGGGAAGAUCGCAAGCGACUCGCGUACCUUUCCAUCUUCACUGGAUUCAUUGAAGGGAAAAAGUUCUCAAGCGCUACACGAGCUACUCUCGCAAGGCUAGUGAUGGAUUUAGAAAGGUUUGAGAAUUAUCCAUGGGGGAGAGUCGCGUUUAAGGUGCUGAUGGACUCUUUGUGGAACAAAGAUAUUACUGGCUGUUACACCGUGGAUGGCUUUAUACAAGUUCUUCAGGUCUGGGCGUACGAAGCUAUUCCGGGAUUGGGUGCUAGUAUUGGUCUACCCAGAGCAAACAGUCCGUCUCCACCGAUUCUGGCUUACGACGGCAGCAGAGGCCGCAGAUUCAUG